GCUCGGUGCUGCUGUGCGCGCUCACACACGCGGCGCGAGCUUCGCAGUCGGACACUCUUUUCUCCCUUCUCACCAUUGAUAAUAUUACUAUUGUUAUAUAUGUUAUUUAUUUGUAACCGGCGCACGGCACAACAAGGAGAGCACGUAAACACGUCGAAACCUUUAAAAAACUUAAGACUUUUUUUGGGGGGGGUGUCGCGGGACUUUUUAUUUUUUACCCAACAAAAGUUAUAUUUAUAAUUUGCUGCAUAAUUUAUGAAUUAUACACUUAAUAGGAACAGACGCGAAGAUUAUUGUUAUAAUAAAGGAACACGUGUGUAGUGAAAGCUGGUAAUUAUUGCAAUUUUUCCGUAUUAAAUGCAGUUUUUUUUAACGGGAAUAGCAGACGAAGCGUAAUACGUAAUUAACUAAGAAAGCGUUAAAGUAAACUUAGCAAUAAUAUAUAAAUGUAACGCAAAAGUAAGAGAGGCAGAGACCGUAACAGAAUAAAACGUGUACAGCAGUAGGGCAUCAAUACCAUUGGCUGCUGCUGUUGUUGGGGCGAAGACGAGCUUAAGAAAUUAAUAAAAGGCCACGAAAAAAAAAUCAAAUAAAUUAGAAAAUAAACAUUAAAUUACAAACCAAACAUUUUAAAUCGAAGACAAUUGCUCAGACUACUACAUAAUUUCAUCAAAGUUUAAAAAAAUCAUUCUUAGAGCGGAAGAAGGGACGAAUCAACCACACCACCACCACCACCAGCUAUAAAGAUUGUGUGACUUUAACAACUUUUCGUCGACGAAAAGGAGCAAGAAGCAGUGAAAAGGAAGGAGGGCAACCCACCCCCAAGAAGGAAUGGAGUUGAUAUGCGGCGAGGGAGGUCGCAUCAAGAGGGCUUACGUGGAUGGGCACCUCCUGCAGGACAAGAGGGUCCUGCCAAACUUGCUGAGCGUGGAGGAGCGAUACGUACCCAGGGCGUCGUACUUCAAGUGCGUGCAGACCGACAUCCAGCCCUUCAUGCGCAGGAUGGUCGCCACGUGGAUGCUGGAGGUAUGCGAAGACCAGAGAUGUGAAGAGGAGGUCUUCACCUUGGCAAUGAAUUAUUUGGACCGGUUUUUGGCCGUAAUGCCCAUGAAAAAAAGCCACCUUCAAUUGCUCGGAGCCGCGUGCAUGUUCCUGGCUUCCAAGCUUCGAGAAACGAUCCCCCUGACCGCCGAAAAGCUGUGCAUCUACACGGACAACUCCAUCAGACCCCAAGAGCUGCUGGACAUGGAACUACUGGUGCUGUGCCGGCUAAAAUGGGACCUGGCGGCCGUGACGCCGCACGACUUUUUGGAGCACAUACUCAGCAAGUUGCCCAUGCCAGCCGAGAAGCUUCAGCUCAUCCGCAAACACACGCAGACCUUCAUUGCUCUCUGUGCCACCGACUUCAAGUUCGCCAUGUACCCGCCCUCCAUGAUCGCCACUGGCAGCGUGGGGGCGGCCGUGCAGGGCCUGCGGCUCGACCGGCAGGACGAGCGACUGUCGUUUUCCUCGCUCACCGACACCCUCGCCAAGAUCACCAACAGCGACGCGGACUGCCUUCGGGCCUGCCAGGAGCAGAUCGAGGGCGUUCUCGAGGCGAGCCUCCGGCAGGCUCAGCAGGGCUCCCCAGAGUCGCGCGGCGUGGACGAGCUCGACAUCGCCGGCACCCCCACGGACGUGCGAGACGUCGCACUCUGACCGCACCCGCUGGUUUGUGGGGGGGGGGGGGGAGGCGUUCGACUCGACCCCCUCCUGACGAUGAUCCUCCCGGCGAAAACGAGAAACCAGGAGAGAAGAAACUCAACGCCGCUACCGCCCCUUGUGCUCGCCCGACACGCUGCUUGAUAGCGGAGCCGCAAGGGGCGGGGGUGGACAGCUGCUGUGCUUAGGUUUUGUCCACACUGCCUGCUGCUGCUGCUGCCGCCGCCGCCACCGCCGCUGCCCGAUUGCAACCGCACAGCCCCACGAUGGGAGGGGUGCCGGGGUGGGGUGGGUUGGGGGCCCAAGGCCCCCUUCGUCCGAGCCAGCAUCACUGCCCUUGAAGUCACCUUUUGGACGAAUUGAAGCUUGUUCCAGGUUGUGGCCCGUUACGUUUUAAUUAUUUUUUUUCCUCUCCCCAUCUCCACCAUCACAACCCCCCUGCCACACCCUCACCAUUUUUUAACGUCCACUUCCCUUGCCAUUCUCACGUCCAGUUUCACUUUGGUCUGGUUGGCACCGUAAUGUUUCCAUUAAAGAGUUUUACCCCCCCCCCCCCCUUUUGCCUUGAACUCCUGCAAGAAAACGAAUAUGAAAUGUUGGACGGCAGGAAGAGAAAGACAUUUACGCGAAGACAAGUUGAAUUGUUUAUUAUUUUUGUUUCAUGUCUACCAGGCCGAGUUUUUGCCCUUGUUGUGAGCUCGCGACUGAAUUUCGUUCGAUGGUCGUCAUUGUGUUGGACUGAGAGAGACCGUAAGUUAAAAGAGGAAUUUCUAAGCAGCGAUGUCUGCGUGUGCGCGCGUGUCCCUGGGGUUGAGCGGCUGAAAGGUUGUGUUAGCACCAAUGACAAAAAAAACCCCUUGAUUGUGAUUUUUCUUUUGUCUUUUUUUCGUGAAAUGAAAUUUAAAGUAAAGAUGACCUGCCCCCCUCCCCCCCAUCCCCUCUAUUUUUAUAAUGAACGCGUGCGAUGUGGUCUGUGUUGUUUCCCUAUCGUUGGUGCCCGGGAAGACGGCUAGCCAAGCAACGUUUACACCUUAAUUGAGUAGACAAGAACUGUCACAACAGAGAGGAGUGUACAAUAUGUAUAAAGAGCAGCUUUUAAGAGACGUAGGAUGCCGAUGAGUGCGGAGAAAGUGAUUGUAGGUAAGUUGCGAUGUUAAAGGAUGUAGGUAAAGUAGACUAGAGUUUUGCAGACUGGAAGGUUUUUUGAGGGUCAGACGAAUAGUUUGUUUUGAAGUGGCCAUUCUUUUCACGUUUAAAUGAUCAGUUCAUGUUUUUUGUAUCCUUUUGUACUUGCUUGGAAGGUUCAAUUACUGGUUUAAAUUUGGGCCGAUACUUUUUGCAUUUAUUCUGGUGAGAUGUAUUUUGCCAAGCCGUGUGCGUAUUAACAUAUGCUGAGUGUUAAUAUGCAUAGGCUUUCGUGGCCAAUGCUACGAUUGAUAACUGGUCCAAAAUUGUAAUUUUCUGGCUUUUCAACGUAAUCGAUUUCGUAAAACUAAAUUGGCACAUUUGGCCACGCGAUAACUUGAUUUUGUUUGGCAAAUUUUACGAAUAACAUGAACCCCCUGUAAUAAAUUGGCACGUUCUGUUUACGUGACAGCAACCUUACUAUAAUUGUGGCUGUAUCGGGUGGAGGUGGGGGUACGACACGUUUACACGAUCUCACCCAACAAAAACCGUUACCACAGAUGAACAAGUCACGUGUCAAAUUACUUUUUUAAAUCGUUGUCUUCCCCCCCACGUUACCGCGCAUGCUUGCGCUUGUUCAACUGUCGGUCGUGCAGAGUACAAUAAAGAGUUAUUGGUCCGAAAUUAAACCGUACUGAGAAACGGGGUGGUUGGGGGGGGGGCGUAUUGUACAGGUAUGACAAGUGGACUGGAGGGGAGGAGCAUUUGCUGCUUGCAUUGAAAUCAAUUGUGGACAAAAACAUUGGGGGGAAGGAGUUGGGGUAAAACACAUUUUACAGCUGGUUUAUAUAUACACAUACUUGCCUCUGGCCAGCUCGCCCGAACGCGUGGCCGACCGUCGAAGACGAACCCUUUGUUAUUUAUUAAACGAGACAUUAAAACAACGAUAACAACUCCCCUAACUUAAAAAAAAACUAAGAACCAUCUGUUGACUUCAUGACCGAGAUGCUAGGCGAUGGGCCCUGCCACCUUGGGAUUUGCUUCCACAUGUCCUGAAUACUGCUGUGCCUUUCACGCAUUGGUCCUUAAGUAAUUCACGGACACUUUGCAUAGCCGACACUGCCUUAAUACGAUGGGGGUUUGUCUGAAAUAGGGAUGAAUCACUUGACAUACAUGCUUAAACUUGACAAUACACCAGUGAGCAUUAAUACUAUCUUUCCUGGGUGUUUUUAAUUUAUAGCUUCUUGAAGACUUCAAUAAGGGUUAAACAUGUAUUAUUGUGCUUGUUGCUUUUCAGUAUUGUAUCAUCUUAAGAGUAAAAAAUACAAAUACACAAAGCAAUGUGCUUUGGAGGAUAAUAGUAAUACGAUUAUUCUAAGUAACACAGUAAUACAAAGUUGAGUAAAGACAUGGGAAACAAUUUGUUUAACCUUUACGCCAGCGAACGCUUGAAGAAAAGUGAUGCAGUGCUGGGGGGGGGAUGGCCGUCGUAGUUAUCGUAAGCUGGUUUCUUCGAGUGCUGCAGGGUUUGCGAAUUUUUUUGUUGCUUUUCCAUUUGGCGUUGGGAAAGGAAUCACUGCCAGACGUUAAGUUGCAUUAAGCCAGCAAAAGUUAACUGCCGUGUAUAUGAAAGAACCACGACGCGCACUGAUAGCAAGGGGAGAGUUGUCCUCGGUUAAAGCCUUUUCACAUUUUAAUAACAAAACGAGAUCUUUAUUUUUUUCGUUUUAAUCUUAGGGGGUUGUACUUCUGGGUAUUAAUAUGCGCAUAGGCUUUUAAUUUAAACUCAAUAAGUGUGUAACGCGAGCGAGUGUUUUCCUUUAUAGCCAGCAGUUACAUGCAGGUGUUUAUUUACACUUAGGUCUUGGUUAGUUUAACCAUUCCAUCAGAUCCCUCAUGAGCACUUUGUGAAUAUUUGGUUGAGAAGAAGAGGAGGCAGAGGCGGGGUGGGGGUGGGUUCAUUGGUCCAGCGGAAAUGCUUGAUGCAUGCGGGUUUUAAGAAAAGUGGGGAGAAUUUAUAAUUUUUGUUCGUAACAAUUUCAAUUGUAAUAAUUGAAAGGAGAAUAAUUUAAGGUAACGGUGCGGACUCGUCAAUAAGAAAGACAUUCCAUGAGUUGUGGUCCCCAGUGCAUUCCCAGGUUUUGCGGGGGGGGGGGGGGGAUGCCAGAUCGGAUCGUAAGAUACGAGGCAGCGUUGCCUGCUUCGCAGAGCCCUCCUGCGAGAUCAAAUGCUGUAAUCGAGAAGUUUAAAUGUCUGCGUACAGCACCACAAUAGAUGCAAGGAAGGAACAAAUUUAAAAAAAAGUGGGUUAUUAAUUUUGUUGGGUCAGUCUACUUGAAAAUUAUGAUCGUGUAUUUUUUUUUAAUAUCACAAUAAUUUCCGCAAUUUUAUUUUGACAUUUCAGUUUUGUAUGUAUGAAUUGAUUAUUUCCCUCCCCCCCACCCCUUGCCCUCUCCCUCUCCUACCCCCGUCCUUAAUUUUAGUUGUCUCGUGACUUCGUUUUUGUUUUGCACAUGUCAAAAAAAAAGGUAAUCUGUCGAAACGGGGGUGGGGGGGUGGGGGGUGCGCAAUUGGGGCUGAGAUGAAUGAGGGAUGAAGGCAAUGGCACUGCCUACUGAGAUGAUUGUAUAACAGUGGAGGGAGGAGAGAGCUCCUAAGACAUUAGCUGCUACCGAGUGCUUCAGUUGAACUAUUACGUUUAUGUGUCGUAAUAACUAAAAAGAGAAAAAAAAGACAAAAACUAAAAAAAAAACGAAACGAUACAUUGCCGUAUUGUUUUAAAACGUGUGCUGCUAAGUUUUAUGUACUUUUUUUUAAACUAUAUUAUUUUACCGCUUUAUUUGGAGGAAAAGCAAGAGCUUCGUAUUUUAUUGUUUUGGGGCUCAGCUGUUUUUGUUGUUGUCUUUCAGUUUGGAAUUUAUAUUCAUUAUUUUUUUUUGGACAAUGGACAUGUAUUUUUCUGGACUUAUUCCACAAUCACAUACCUCAUUGCACCCGCAACAGAAGAAUAGCAAAAAUGGUCUCUUCAUUUUCUACAGUACCUCAAGACUCAGCGUUUGGAAUUCUUUUUCUUCUUCUCACCCUCCUCUGGCAAUGGCUCGAUCAUUUUUCUCGCAUCUUUGGCCGGCGAUGGGUAGACGGCGACUGCCGCCUGCGUGGAUUGGUGCGGCUGCGUCCGUCCGUGUGUGUGUCGGGGGGGGGGGCGAGGAAGAGUGUGGCACACUUGGCUAUUUGCCUUCAACUAAAUCUAAACUACUUUAAUUGUAGCUAUUUUUCAGAAGCGACCUGGCCACAAAUGAUAGCUCGACGAAAAGUGGCUUAUCAUCGCGUGGAAACGUACAGCGGCCAAAUAUUCGCAAGCGCACGUUGAUUCUAAAUGUGGAGGGGGAAAAAAGCGGAGGACCCCGAUAAAAAUCCACACGCCCACGAGGAGAACAUGUAAGCUCCAAAUAUACAGCAGGCGUCGGGGUAGGGAUUGAACCCACGACCUCCUGUAUAACAGGCGAGCUCGUUAACAUCUCGCUACCCUGGUGCCAAAGUGGAUUGGCAAGAAAGGCUGUACACAAACAAAUCGUGUGCUUGGUAAAGAAAGCUAUUUAAUUUUCAAAUGUCGACCACCACGCUCUCGUGCAAAUUAAGAAAUGUGGUUUUUCCCGGUUGAUUUGCUGUUGUCAUUGUUCCUUGUCGCAAGUGGGGUAAUGCCGUUCACCCCAAUACCUACCAGACCCAUUUUUUUUAAUACAAAAAAGAAGUUUUUAGUUUUUGCUUUUUAAACUUGGCUGAAAGCUUUUGCAACUUGCGCAACCAUUCCUGGACAGUUCUAUUGGCGUGAGAUUAUAUUUGAAGUAGAAUAAAAUAUAGGCACCCUUUAAAUCAAGAUCAUUCUUGAGUUGGACAUUGCAGUAUUUUAAAUUCUGAGCGUUGUCCAAAUUUAUUGUCUAAACCUGAAGUUUUAAAGUAUGUAGACAUGUUCUAAUUGAGUGAACUAAAACCCACGAUGCAACAUUUUGUAAAGUGAAAAUGAGUUGAGCUUACAGGCACAAUUACUAGGAAAAAAUGAAAAAAAAAGCAAUCCUAAUAUCUUAACUUUUU